ACUUUUUCUUUGACUUGUUCAUUCAUUCACAAUAUUAUAAAGACCAUAUCUGUCGGUAUCUCUUUCUGCCAUACUCUCCCAAUACUUCUUGCAUUGACUCUCUCUAUCUCUUACUAGUUGUUUGUUUUUUCUCUCCAAGACUUCAACUUUCAUAUCUCUGAUUUGCUUCAAAGAAAGUGAUUGAUGGCUUUGAAAACCUUUGAAUUGUUGAAAGGAUGUGAAACUCAUGAAGAGAUAAUGAAAGUUCUUGCAGCUGUGGCUGUGGAUUUAGGGGAUGUAAUUGAUGAUGUGAGUGUUGUGGAGGUCAAUCCCUUAAAGGGUGCAAUGACAAAUGAGGUUUUUGAGGUCAAUUGGCCGACGAAAAGUGAUGGUCAUCUUCGAAGGGUUUUGGUUCGAUUAUACGGUGAAGGUGUCGAGGUUUUCUUCGAUAGGGAUGAUGAAAUUCAAACCUUUGAGUGUAUGUCGAAGAAUGGACAAGGUCCGCGCCUUCUUAGCCGAUUCACUACCGGUCGGGUUGAAGAGUUCAUUCAUGCCCGGACACUUUCAGCUGCCGACCUCCGCGACCCUGAAAUAUCUGCGUUGAUAGCAUCUAAGAUGAAGGAGUUUCACAAUCUUCAUAUGCCUGGUGCAAAAAAGGCUCAGAUUUGGCAGAGAAUGAGGAAAUGGCUUAAUCAUGCUAAAAGUUUAUGCUCCCAAAAGGAUAUCAAAUUGUUUGGCCUGGACAAUCUAGAUGCCGAGUUAAGUUCGCUGAGGGAGUUGUUAUCAGAUGGAUAUCAAGAGAUUGGUUUUUGUCACAAUGAUCUGCAAUAUGGUAACAUCAUGAUGGAUGAAGAAACUAGAUCAAUCACUUUAAUUGACUACGAGUACUCGAGUUACAAUCCUGUUGCGUAUGACUUUGCAAACCAUUUCUGUGAAAUGGCGGCAGAUUACCAUACUGACACGCCUCAUGUUCUUGACUAUACUAAAUAUCCUGAUCUCGAGGAACGUCGAAGAUUUAUUGAUACAUACCUGAGUUCUGAAGGUGAAAAACCAAGUGAAGAUGAAGUGGAGCAGUUAGUGAAUGUUGUAGAGAAGUACACUCUUGCAAACCAUCUAUUUUGGGGCUUAUGGGGACUUAUUUCGAGUUAUGUCAAUACAAUUGAUUUUGAUUACAAGGAGUACUCAAGGCAAAGGUUUCAGCAAUACUGGUUAAAGAAAGCUAUUUUGUUGACAUGAUUGAUUCUUAUGUGUUGUUUCUUAGCUUAGUCUAUAAAUGAUAUCAAUAGGCAUGAUAUGAUAAGUAGUUAAUAUGUACAUAAUAUAUAACUUAAAGUGUGUGAUGAAUUUUUUUUACUAUCUUUACUAAAAUCAAUAAUAUUUGUAAGGGAUAUGUUCCUGCCGGUUUGUUUUUUUUUUAAAGUGUCAUACAGUGAAAUGUAAAAACUCUUUAUAUGUAUUGUUUGAAUUAUUCAAAUCCUAUAUUAGAGGGAGUUUGAUAA